AUGUCCCGAACAACUACACGGUCCAUUACCAGUGCCGGCAGCGAGUCCGCACCCAGUCCGAGACCCCGCUCAACAUCCGCGCGUGGAGAGCGCUCGGCAUCAAAUCCAGCUUCUUUCACCUUGGAUGCAAACCACUAUGACACAGCUCUACCGCCGAUCAACUUUCACCAACCACCCAUUGCACACCGCCGGACAGGGAGUACGUUGAAAACGGUCAUGCGCAAGAUCUUCAACCGGAAGAGACAAAGCCACACUGAUGGAGUGGAGGAAAGUUCAACUGAGAGUUACUACAACUCUCCGGCGAGGUCAUCGGGCCCCGUCGCGGGCAAGUCAUUCUUAUCGGUUCCCACUCCGACAGAGUCAAAACGGAGUAGUCCUCUGUCAGAGGAGAACUUGCAAUUAGCAGAGACUCAUUUGUCUCCCACUAGUGCCACCGGUGGUUCAUUACCAUCGCCGGGAAUGCCCCCGCGUCGACGACGUGCGACCUUACCCAGUGUGAUCUUCUCCGACGAUGAAUCCAGAUAUGCAGUGGCAUCAGCAGUGUCCGAUCCCCAGGAGGAUCGACCUUUUAUUCCGGACCAAGAGCGUCGAAGGAGUAUGCUCCAAUCUCGACGCAGAUCCAGGAGUAUCGGCGCAUUGCAAGACCUGGUCGACCAGCGGCCAAUGUCUCCCCCGGAGUGGCCAACGCACACUACCUCUGUCCCCGACUCGGUUACAGACUCCAAGUCACCCCCUCUUGAAGGAGGAAGUUCUGCUAGCGAUCAUUCUGGUAGACCCUCGACUGGAACGACAGUUACCAGCGUAACGAGAGCAUCGGCAGCACCCUCCAUCCAAGAAUCAGAUCCACACGCAGAUCAAAUCAGUCUCCCACCCAACGUGGGCAAUCUAGUGCGCACAAUGCAACAAGAUGACAGUCUAACCAUUGAACAACGCCUCAACACGAUUGAAGUGAAAAUGAUAGACCUCGAAUUCGCAAUCGCACGCAUGCAAUCUAACUCCGUCGCCGACAACCUCCAAGACCGAGAUCGAUCCUCAUCUCGCAGAAAAGAAGAUUCCUUCCCACAAGUCCGGAGUAAACCCUCAUACCUAAGCACAAACGACCGCGACGAAUCUCCAACACCAGUAUCAAGCCUCCCCACCGCCCGCCCAACCAGUACCAGCACCAUCCGCGCUGACACGUUAACCGCGCGCACCCUCCGCCCCGCCCCAUCCGCAACAUCCCUCUCCGAUUUCAACGGAAUCUCCAUCGAGCAGUACAGCGCUUUAGUCACCCUCCUCCGGCGCGAACAAACCGCCCGCCGGAAUUUGGAGAGUCAAGUCUCCAGUUUGAAGGAUGACAUCCGACAUAUUCAACGGGCAGCGCUGCAUUCGAUGGAAUCAGGUGGAACUAUGUAUCCUAUUCAUAGUGUGGAUUCGCAGGAGUUUUUGAGGUUUAGGAGGGCGCUGGAUGAAUCUGAUGGUUCGCCGAGACCGGAUGAGAAGGGCAAUGGGGCUUUUGAGACGGAGUCUGAUUAUGAUCCGUUUGGGCCGCCGAAAUGGGAGAGAGAACGGGACAGGGAACGGGAGAGGGAAAGGGACCGAGAGCGAGAGCGAGAGACUGGGUAUGGUGGUAGGAGGGUUGUCACAGCGCCGAUGAUUUGA